UCUAAGCAGAAGGGAGGAACAAUAGAGAAUCAAAGUAUAAUGAUAUUCCUAAAUGAAGAGGGAAAUGUUGCCGCACUCAUUUUAUUAAUCAGACUGUCAAUUUCACCCCAGAGGCCAAACCCAGGAGCCAUCUAAAGCAGACGCAGAUCAGCGACGGGACAGCAGCUCCUCUCCUCACUUCUCCCCUCUCCCUCCACCUGGAUAUGAGGCUUUGAGCAAGCUCAGCCCGACUACAUCAUUUCUCUGACAGUCCCGCUCCUAUUUAUUUGCUUAUAAACCUGUUACAAUAAAUGAUCAUUCCAGCAGCGUCACGCGCACCUUUAACGACGAUACCGCGAACCACUUUUUUUGAUGAAUGACAUUUCGGACCGGAGAGGAUGCACGGGUCAUUUUGAGCAGUCAUUCGUUGCCUGCACUGGCAUUCGUCUGUUUUUUUUUUUCUUUCUUUCGUCUUACCCAUAAAGGUGUUAUAUUAUUUAGUGCCAGUAGCAGAGCUGACGGCGGAUUAGCUACGCCACAAAUUCAUCGGAGUACCAGCGGCGCCGGGACUUGGGCUUUUUUUUCUGCGCUACUUCAUGAUGGAGAGGAUAAGAAAAGAGAUGAUUCUGAUGGAAAGGGGGCUUCACAGUCCUGUGUCAGGCAAGAGGCUCUCGAACCUGUCCGAGUCGAACGGAAACGCGGUACUCGAGGCCCUCGAAAAUUCUCAGCACGCGGGGCGACUGAGCCCGAGAAUCACUUCCGCUUCGCUACACGCUAGCCUGGGCGACGUACCCAGCAAAGGCAAAUUCGAAAUAGACAGCUUAUUCGGAAACCACCACGCUAGUGACAACAGUUCAUCUGCGGAAAUCUCGUCCUCGGAAACCAGGAAGAAAUCAAAUCUGUAUCCUGAAGUUUCUACCGACUCCGAAAUGAAUAGCGAUGUGGAAGUGGGCUGCCCAUCUCAUCGCUCCCCAAACAGUGUCAGCCAACACAAGGAAAACAAUAAUAAAGGUUUCUCAGACAGUAAUUCGGGGACUUCGAGCUCAGGUUCUUCGUCUAUCUCCAAUCAUAACGGAAACUCCAUCGGCAGCUCGACCAACUCAAACACGGACCAGGUGCGGCGAUACCGGACUGCUUUUACUAGGGAACAAAUUGGGAGACUGGAAAAGGAAUUUUACAGGGAAAACUACGUUUCAAGACCCAGGAGAUGUGAACUAGCUGCAGCGUUAAACCUACCUGAAACAACUAUAAAGGUGUGGUUCCAGAAUCGGCGAAUGAAGGACAAGAGGCAGCGCCUGGCCAUGUCCUGGCCACAUCCAGCCGAUCCCAGUUUCUACACUUACAUGAUGACGCACGCAGCCGCCACCGGAAGUCUGCCGUACCCAUUCCAUUCUCACAUGCCCCUGCACUACUACCCGCACGUGGGCGUCACGGCCGCAGCCGCGGCGGCUGCGGCCUCGGGGGCCGCAUCAUCACCAUUCGCCACCUCCAUCCGGCCCCUUGACACCUUUCGAGCGCUCUCCCAUCCGUAUUCGCGUCCGGAGUUGCUCUGCAGCUUUCGGCAUCCCGGACUGUACCAGUCGCCGGCGGGCCUCAACAGUUCGGCUGCGGCAGCAGCUGCGGCGGCGGCGGCGGCGGUGAGCGCACCGUCGGCUAGUGCGUGCUCGUGCCUCAGCUGCCACAGCGGCGGCGCGCUCAGUUCUCGCAGCGCGGGCUCGGACUUCACAUGCACGGCGAGUGCGCCCAGGUCCGAAAGCGGAUUUCUACCCUAUUCGGCUGCCGUAUUGAGUAAAACCGCCGUGCCCUCGCCAGACCAGAGAGAGGAAAGUGCCCUCAAUAGAUAACUUGACACUUGAACAUGUAACGAAAGCUACUUUUGAUUUUAAUCAACAUCGUGUUGUUAGCGCAUUCAAAGUACUAAGGACAUUUUUCCAAGCCAUUCCAAGCACCACCCAUUAUCCAAGAUUAUAAAAUAUAAACAAUUAUUAAAAUAAUAACAUCCGGAACUAGCGCCACAUGUAAAAAAAAGAAGAAGAAGAAGAAGAAGAAGAAGAAGAAGAAGAAGAAGAAGAAGAAAGAUUCGGCAUCGAGAAAACUAUAUGGCUAAAUAAAUAGCAGAUACCCCCCCCCCCCCCCCCCAUUAAUUUUUUUCACCCCUACUUUUCGUCUUCAAAUAUUAUGACAGCACACACCUCUUUCGUGCUCUAAAGAGAAUAAUACGGUGCUUGUGCAACUUUUAGUGUCUACUGAGGUACCAGGAUGAGGAUGAUGACGAUGCCGUUCAGGGACUUCCUUAAUUCGAUGGAGCUAUAGGCGCCGAGACUCUACACUGCUUCCACAGUGUCAAUUCUGAUGUUAAUAAUGUGCAGAUUAUGACGAAAAUUGCCAAUCAUGCACCUUGAUGGAGCUCCUUUGAAAGCGAAAACGUAAGGAAGUUCCCUGUUCUGAGACCCGAUGUCACAUCAUAACAACCCGCUGUGGGAAGUCAUUAGACGAGGCAGAUAAAGGACCUCGUGCUUCAUACAUUGUUAUUGGUUCAUACUGUACAGUAACAAACGUGGCAUUCGUUAUCUGAAGAAUUAAAAAAAAAAAAAAAAAAAAAAAAAAAAAACCUCCCCUUCCGCUGAGUCCUAUUUCCAGUCUCCUUAUUGGAGCUUUAGUCGUUGUGGGUAGAAUUUUCUCUGAGCUGUGUUCCGCUGAUGCGAGCAGCCUCAUUAAAUACGAACCGAUAUUUCCAUAAUGCUCCCAACAGAGACUCUUCACUCACAUUGUAACGGGAUUAUCCGCACAAGCCCAAACUUUAGACAAAUUGCUCAUGCAUUUCUGUCUGCAUGCAUAUUUUUUGUCACCUAGGUAAUAUUUUGCCCGUUAGACAACUGCAUUUUAACAAACGCAAAACAGCACUUGUAUAGCCAGUUAUGAAUGGUGAGAUAUUUUGUCAUAACAUACAUAGUAUAGAUCAGAUAGAAUUAAACCAAAAUACCGACAGCUAUGUGAACUUUCAGCGUUGUAUUUAUUUAUUUAUUUCAAUGAGUUAGACAUCUAUUUAAUUCAAGUGACUGGCUGAAUGUUUGAGUUUGUUUUAGGUGCUCUAACAGUUCUACACACAUGUAAUGUCGAGACCAGAGUUUAAAAUAAAUAUCAAGACAUCCAAGACAGAAUACAGAAAUGCAGGACAUAUACCAAAUGGUCAUUGUAUAUAAUGCAUAUUAGAUUGCUGAUAAAGUUUCGAAGGUUAAAGGGUUUUAUACAUUAGUAGGGGAUGCGAAGGGUUGGUUCUCGCUAUAGAAACAGUUUGUUCAAUGAAUGGGAGUAAAAAAAAAAUCCUGUGUUUUGCCCUCCUCCCCAGGAUCGCUGUGAUUCAUGACUCUUUAAAUUACGUUUCUGUAUUUUAAAUAUUAUCAACUGUAUGAUUUUUCAUAUUUUCAAUUGAGAAAUAUGUGCAAUAUAAAAUGUAAAUUAUGUUAUUUAUUGAUGGUGUUUGUUCUUGGGGAA